CUUUCGCUGCCCAGUUUCAUCCAGCCAGCUGGCUUCAUAGCUGGCGAGCGACUAGUCUAAUCUCACCAACCGAGCUGCACCGGCCCCCCGCAACACUACGGCCCUGGACACGUUUUCCGCUCACGGACUGUUUAAACAAAUAAAUACGAUUUUCGCGGAAAGGGGGUGAAAUAUAACGUAAAGUAGUUGAAGAUGAUUAAGCUUUUUUCUCUUAAACAGCAGAAAAAAGACGAAGAGUCUGCGGGAGGGAACAGAACAGGAGCCGGUGGUAAAAAAGCAAGCGCGGCCCAGCUUCGAAUACAGAAAGAUAUCAAUGAGCUCAACCUCCCAAAGACGUGUGAGAUUCUCUUUCCGGACCAGGAUGACCUGCUGAACUUCAAACUCGUCAUUUCACCCGAUGAGGGAUUUUACAAAGGGGGGAAGUUUGUCUUCAGCUUUAAGGUUGGACAGGGCUACCCUCAUGACCCCCCGAAGGUGAAGUGCGAGACCAUGGUGUAUCACCCCAAUAUCGACCUCGAGGGGAACGUCUGCUUGAACAUCCUGAGGGAGGACUGGAAGCCCGUGCUGACGGUAAACUCCAUCAUAUACGGUCUACAGUAUCUAUUUUUGGAGCCCAACCCAGAGGAUCCGCUGAACAAGGAGGCGGCGGAGGUGCUGCAGACCAACAGGCGCCUGUUCGAGCAGAACGUCCAGAGAUCGCUAAGAGGCGGAUACGUGGGGGCCACUUACUUCGAGCGGUGUCUCAAAUAGUUUCCGAAAAAAAGUCCUCCCGUUUAAAAAAAAAAAAAAAAAAAAAAAACUAAAACAAAAAAGAAAAA